AUGGUAACCAAUACAUAUGGUGGCCUCUUGCCCAAAGAUACUAUUACCUGGAUCCAGUCAGCCUUGCAGGAGGGAAGACUAGAGGAGGUGGCUUCCAGGAUCCAGGAGACACUGGAAGCAACAGAAAAUGUCCCCUUGAGCAUUGCUGUGACAGGGGAGUCUGGGUCUGGGAAAUCCACUUUCAUCAAUGCCCUUCGAUGAAUUGGGCACGAAGAAAAGGACUCUGCAAGCACUGGGGUAGUAGAGACCACCAUGAAGGCCACUCCUUACAAGCACCCUAAAUAUCCUAAUGUAAAGCUAUGGGACUUGCCGGGCAUCAGGACCCCUGAUUUCCAUCCCAACAAUUGUCUGACUCAAGUGCAGUUCGACCAGUAUGAUUUCUUCAUCAUCCUUUCAGUUUCAAGAUUCACAACCAAUGAUGUAAAACUGGUCCAGGAGAUAAAAGAAAGGAAAAAGAAAUUUUACAUUGUCAGAACCAUGGUAGAUGUGGAUUUGUAUAACGAAAGGAAGUCCAAACCCAAGUCUUUUUCUAAGGAGAGAAUUCUGCAGAGAAUGAGAGAUGACUGCUGCAAAACCUCUAUUUUGAGUGAAGCACGAGCCUUCUUAAUGUCUAACUUUGAUAUGUCUGAUUAUGACUUCCCAAAGCUGGAGGAAAUGCUGUUAAAGGAUCUCCCAGCUCACAAACGCCACACAUUUUUGCUGGCCCUCCCUGUUUCUUCUGAGGCUGCCAUUGAGAGGAAGAAGGCUGCCCUACAAGAAAGGAUCUGGCUGGAGGCCUUGAAGAAUGGUGCUGUGGCUACUGUUCCAUUAAGAGGCUUCACUAUUAAUGACUUAGUUCCAUUGGAUAAACAUUUGAAACACUAUCGAAAUGUUUUUGGGGUGGAUGACGCGUCUCUUCUCCAGGUUGCGCAAAAGUUGGAAAGACCCGUGGAGGAGAUCAAAGCCACCAUGAAGUCUCUGAAUUUGAUGGCACUCAUUAAGGAGGAAAGUGCCAUGGAAAAGCUCCUAAAAUUGGUUGAGGACUUCUGCUCUUCAAAUGGAGGCAUCGUGAGUGCUGGCUUCCAUUUUGGGAAGACCUACUACAUACACUCAUACUUCCUUGGUACUGUGGCCGAUGAUGGCAAAAGCCUCUUGUGGAAAAUUUUAGAUGGCCCUUUUUGA